AUGCCUCCCGGUGGACCAAAACUUACGCUGGAGGAGCGGCGAAGAGGCGAGAUUGCGCUCAGUGAGUUUGCAGAAUAUGCCGACAAACAGCAAUCGAACCGCUCUGCCCCCAUAGCGCCUAGCGACAGCGGCUACUCCACAGCUAGCGUUUCCCGAGCCCACGAAGAACACGCUGAAUUGGAAAUCCUCGAUCAGCUAGGGUUGUCCGAUGAGCCGAAAUCGAUCAAGCUAAAAGACCUUCUGCUGGGUACAGGUGACCAGCCAGAGGACGGUCUGCAGACCCUAGCCAGCCUGGUGCAAACUCGCAUUGACGAGGGCCAUGGCGAGACGAUAUUUGACUUGGGUCUCGAGGAUGGUGGAGAAUCGAUGGCGUUCGACCUGGAGCAAUGGAACACGGCUUUGCGACGUCUACAGGAGGCAACCAAUACCCUUCCGGCGCAUUGUCGCAUCCUCAUGACCUACAAUGUCGGAGGCCCCGGCGAGUCUCAGGUGCAUAACGAGCGCAUCAAAGGGGCUUGGGGCAAGAUCCUCAUCCGACAGCCUGCGGAUAGCGUCGAAGAGAUGACCGAAAUUCGCGUCGCAGUUGUGGGAAAUGUGGAUGCUGGCAAAAGUACCAUGCUAGGAGUCCUCGUAAAGGGGAAUCUAGACGAUGGUCGCGGCAAGGCCCGGGUCAAUUUAUUCCGCCACAAGCACGAAAUUGAGAGUGGUCGGACUAGCUCAGUCGGAUUGGAGAUUAUGGGCUUCGACAGCCGAGGUGACAUUGUCGGUAGCUCGCAGGGUCGCAAAUUAUCCUGGGAAGACAUCGGCAAACGGUCCGCAAAGGUCAUCUCCUUCACCGACCUGGCUGGCCAUGAGCGGUAUCUACGGACCACGGUGUUUGGUAUGCUGAGCAGCAGCCCCAAUUACUGUCUUCUGAUGGUUGCUGCCAAUAACGGUCUGAUCGGAAUGAGCAAAGAGCACCUGGGUAUCGCAUUGGCGCUGAAUGUCCCGGUCAUGGUGAUUGUCACCAAGAUUGAUAUCUGCCCCCCGCAGAUCCUCCAGGAGACUCUUUCUCAACUCAAUAAGAUCCUCAAGUCCCCUGGAGCGCGCAAGAUACCCGUGUUCGUCAAAGACAUGGAGGAAACUAUCAACACGGCGACGCAGUUUGUCAGCCAGCGAAUCUGCCCCAUCUUUCAGGUCUCCAACGUUACCGGAGAGAAUCUGGAACUAGUACGAACGUUCCUCAAUAUCUUGCCGCAUCGUGGCCAGUACAAUCCAGAUGCUCCUUUCGAAUUUCUUAUCAACGAUACAUUCUCCGUGCCGCACGUGGGAACGGUCGUGUCGGGCGUGGCCAAGUCCGGCGUGAUCCAUGCCGGCGAUCCAGUGCUCGUGGGACCUGACUCGCUCGGCCAAUUUACAACAACCACGAUCAAGUCCAUUGAACGCAAGCGGAUUCAGGUGAAUGCCUGUUUUGCCGGCCAAUCCGGUUCUUUCGCCUUGAAGCGUGUACGUAGGAAGGAAGUCCGCAAGGGCAUGGUUGUUCUCAAGAAAUUGGAUCAACCACCCAAGGUAUACCGCGAAUUUGUGGCGGAAGUUCUAAUUCUGUCCCAUGCGACCACUAUCAAGCCCCGAUAUCAAGCCAUGCUGCAUGUUGGAGCGGUGAGCCAGACCUGCUCCGUCAUUGAUAUUGACCGCCCCUUCAUUCGAACGGGCGAUCGUGCUUUGGUGGCCUUCCGAUUUGUUCAACGUCCUGAAUUUUUGGCUCCUGGGGAUCGAGUGCUCUUCCGCGAGGGUAAAACCAAGGGACUAGGGAUCGUCAAGAGCGUCGGCUACGACCCGGAGAAGCCUCUAAACCCGGAAGGGAAAAAGGAGCCCGAGAAGGAGAAGGGCAAUUGA